AAUUUUCUGAUUAUUAUAUCCUAUCAUUCGAGGUUCUUUUUCUCUAUUCUAGAAAUCUACAACUCCUUCCUUAAUCCCGCUUUGUGUAUGCUACCAUCAUGCCAUUCUCCGGCUCCUCUAUCUUCCCCCACUGGCGUCGCAAAGCCGCCGAACGCUCAAGUAACGCUUCGUAUGAGGUUCCAUACUACAUGAACGCAGCAUAUUAUCCCAAUUGGCGGAUAUACCGAAAGCAGCCUCCCUCAUCGCUCAGAUUGGGAUUUGUCUCCCAUAUCUUCUACGCAUUUGCAUGGGUCAAAGAAGACGGCACCGUUUAUUUAAGCGAUGAAUGGGCCGACACGCAAAUGCCCGUAGACGGCACCAAGGGCUGUAUCCGGGCCUUCACGCAGCUGAAACCGCAGUACUCAAAGAUGAAAGUCAUUCUCUCCGUCGGCGGCGGCGGCAAGGGAAGCGAGAACUUCGCCGUCGUGGCGCGCAGUCAAUCGCGCACCGAGACGUUUGUCCGCACGGCCAGGGCGCUCGUGGAUCAAUUCGGCCUCGAUGGACUCGACAUCGACUGGGAACACCCCGCAGACCCACAGCAAGGAAUGGACUAUGUGCGGCUUCUGGCAAAGCUGCGCGAGGCGCUGCCUACGCCGCGUUUUGUUCUAGCAACCUGUCUCCCGGCGGGGCAGUGGGCUCUCCGGAAUAUCGAUCUUGGGAAGGCCUCCGUGUAUCUCGAUUUGAUGAAUCUCAUGACGUAUGAUUUUGCCGGUCCCUGGACGAAUGAGAGCGGGCACCACGCGCAGUUAUACAGCCCAUCUCGGAAUCCGGGCGCUGUUUCGUGUCAAUCCAGUGUGCAGUAUGUGCUUUCGCAGGGGGUUGAUCCGAAGAAAAUCCUCUUAGGGGUUCCUGCGUACGGCCGGUCGUUUUUGGGUACUGAGAAGCCCGGUCAGCGGUAUGUCGGGGCUGGCGGCGAGGAUGGUGUGUUCGAUUAUAGUGACUUGCCUCGUCCUGGGGCUAAGGAACAUCACGAUGAUAAGCUUGGCGCGGCGUACUGCUCCGGUGGUGAUGGCGGGUUUGUGACCUAUGAUACGCCGCGGACGGUGGAGCAGAAGGCCCAGUUUACGACUAAGACGAAGCUGGGGGGUUUGUUCUAUUGGCAUAUUGGAGGGGAUGCACGAGGUGCGCGGAGUUUGAUCGAGACGGGAUAUAAUACGCUACAUGAGAUGUAGCCUGUUACUUCAGACUUUAAAACAUUGAACAAGAAAAGAAGCCGAGGGGGUUGGGGAAGAUAAUGGAAUGGGUGCAAUGAAAACAUGGGUCGUG